AGACAGCUGAGCAUGCUUCCUAGCCGGUCAAUCGUUGGCCUUACGAGACAGAGCAUUAUGGGGGAUUCCCAUACCUUACUUGUGACUGAGGAUGAUUUCUGAAGCAGAAGUUUUCGGGGAAGGGGCGGGGUUGAGAAUGUGUGCAUAGAUCACGCAGCUAACCCUGGGCAUCAAGCUCCCCAGUGCUUCGUGCUCCGUAACAAAGCUCUGAACCACAAAACUGCCCCUCCAUCGUCAACAACCCCCCACCUUCCCUCUCACCAGACCACUUCACCCCUCGCUGCACUGCAACGGCAAGACUAGCCCCCCCUCAAACGGGACUAUUUGGUGCACGCUGUCACCAUGCCGCUCAUAAUCAUAACGGGUCUCCCGACCUCGGGCAAGACGACCCGCGCGAAGCAGCUGCACGCCUACCUCUCCUCGCGCAUCGCCUCCGCCUCCAAGUCCCCGAGCACACCGGCCUACCGGCUGCACCUCAUCUCGGACGCGACGCUGUCCAUCCCGCGCAGCGUGUACGACCUGUCGCCCGCGCAGCUGCCGGCGCACGUGCGGUCGGCCAACGCGGCGGAGAAGGACGCGCGCGCGGCGCUGUACGCCGCCGUCAAGCGCGCCCUCUCGCCGCGCGACAUCGUCCUGCUCGACGGCCUCAACUACAUCAAGGGCUGGCGGUACCAGCUCUUCUGCGAGGCCAAGAACGCGCGCACGCCCAGCUGCGUGCUGCAGGUCGGCUGCCCCGUCGACAGGGCGAGGGCCGUGAACGAGAGCCGGCUGGAGAGGCGGGAGCGGAGGCGGAGGAAGGCCAGGGAGAGGGAAAAUGGGGAUGGGGAGGGCGCGGCGCGGCCUGAAGGAAAGGAGGAGGGGCGAGACAAUGAUGACGACCGCGACGACGAUGACGACGAGGAACCCUACGAGCCCUCCAACUGGGAGAACCUGGCGUUCCGCUACGAGGAGCCCAACCCCAUGGCCCGGUGGGACUCGCCGCUGUUCACGCUGGUGUGGGAGGACGACGAGGCGCAGACGCGCGCCGUGUUCGACAAGAUCUGGGACGCCAUCGCCGGCGAGGGCCGCAAGCCCGUCAAGCCCAACCAGUCGACCGUGCAGCGCGACAAGGACCCCGGCGGCGACUACCUGUACGUGCUCGAGCGCGAGACGCAGGACAUCGUCAAGAAGAUCCUCGAGAGGCAGCCCGACGAGGGCGGCGGCGUGGUGAGCUUGCCGAGGGUGAAUGGCGCGUCCGACGGGGGGGCGGCCGGGCCGGACCUGGUCGUCGAGCUGCCCGGGAAGAAGGUCGGGCUGCCGCAGCUGCAGAGGUAUCGGAGGGCAUUCGUGGCGAUGAACCGCGGCGGGAUCGGGCUGGAGGCGGUAGGCAUGUUGGCCGCCCGACGACUGCGCGAGAGCUUCGUCGGGUAUCUGAAUGAUGCGUUCGAGAAGGACGGCUGAGGGGCGUUCCAGGACUGACAUCCCGUUCCUUGGACAAACCUGAGCGCUCGACGCAAGUGCUCCGUGGUGGCGCUGCCUAGCGGUGACAUACCCUGGAACGCACACAGCACCACCUCUCCGGAUCGGCCAGUAAAGUGUCCCAUCUUCCGGCGCGUCCGCUCGCCAGAUGAGGCCGACCCAUCCGCACCGAAGCUGGGGGCAUCCACAAGCCCCCAUCCUGCUUACCAGUGUCCCAACUCACUGCCACCAGCGGCAACCUUCGGAUGGAAUAGCGUGUCCUCCCACUGGGUUGGUUUCAGCCCGCGCUCUUGCAAAGGAAAGGGGUCUGCACCACAGGUUAUUUCCCAACGCAAGUGAGGGUGAAGCUCACACAACGUGGCAGGCGAUGAUGUGGCCUAUAUCCCCAUGGACCAGGGUGCAAUCUGGAUAUGAGAAGAACAUAUCUGCUCCGAAUCUGCUCCGAAAUGUACAGCGAGUAGAACUCGGUAAGCACGGCGAGGGAAGCAAAGAUCUAGAUAGACGUUAGCGUCAUAUAUUGUACAGCAGCAUACAGCAUGGCCUAGCGAAAACCAAGCUUAAUUCCCUCCUUCCGCCUUGGAUCUCUCUUCUUGCCUGCCCUCCUCCCCCUGAGAAACCAAGACACAGCCCGCUGCCCUGCCAAAAACG